AUGGCUUCGGAAGAUGUGAAAACUGGCGAAUCAGCUGUGACGAAGAUCGUGAAUUUGGCGGAAGAAGCGAAGCUCGCGAGAGAAGGAGUUGUUAAAGCUCCUAACUAUGCAAUCGGUAGCAUCUGCAAGUCGCUCGUCGCCGGUGGAGUCGCAGGAGGAGUAUCACGAACGGCAGUUGCUCCGCUUGAGCGAAUGAAAAUUUUGCUACAGGUCCAGAAUCCUCAUAACAUAAAAUACAAUGGAACAGUACAAGGCCUAAAAUAUAUUUGGAGAACUGAAGGAUUCCGUGGACUGUUCAAGGGAAAUGGUACUAAUUGUGCUCGAAUUGUCCCAAAUUCUGCUGUGAAGUUUUUCAGUUAUGAGCAAGCUUCUAAAGGCAUACUGCAACUCUAUCAGCAGCAAACUGGAAAUGAGGAUGCUCAGCUUACCCCUGUUUUACGACUUGGAGCCGGAGCAUGUGCUGGAAUAAUUGCUAUGUCUGCAACUUAUCCGAUGGAUAUGGUCCGAGGCAGGAUAACUGUACAGACUGAGAAAUCCCCUUAUCAGUACCGAGGAAUGUUCCAUGCUUUGACUACUGUGCUUAGGCAAGAAGGUCCUCGUGCAUUAUAUAAGGGCUGGCUUCCUUCAGUUAUUGGAGUUGUUCCUUAUGUUGGUCUCAACUUUGCUGUCUACGAGUCUCUGAAAGAUUGGUUGAUUAAAUCUAGACCAUUUGGUCUAGUCCAAGAUUCUGAGUUGAGCGUGACAACACGUCUGGCUUGUGGUGCUGCUGCCGGAACCAUUGGACAAACCGUCGCUUACCCUCUUGAUGUCAUUCGUCGAAGAAUGCAGAUGACCGGUUGGCACAAUGCUGCUUCUGUUAUAACUGGAGAUGGAAGAGGCAAAACCCCACUUGAAUAUAGUGGGAUGAUUGAUGCAUUUAGGAAAACUGUUAGGCACGAGGGAUUUGGUGCAUUAUACAAGGGUCUGGUUCCAAAUUCUGUAAAGGUGGUCCCAUCCAUAGCACUUGCGUUUGUAUCAUAUGAGAUGGUGAAGGACAUUUUAGGAGUGGAGAUCAGAAUAUCAGACUAA